AUGGCACCUCCUCCCCCAUCUAUUGUUGCUACACCUUCUGUGGCACCUCCUCCCCCAUCGGCUGAUGCUACAACUCCUGUAGCACCUACUCCCCCACCGUUUGUUGCCACCCCUCCCGCGGUGCCUGCUCUAGCACCCAAUGUCGCCAUGUUUCCUGUGGUGUCUGCUGCUUCCGCACCUACUCGCCCACCUGUCACUAACACACCACUUGAGCCUAGUUCGUCAACUCAUGCCCCCCGCCCCACCCCCCGAGGAUUCAUUCUCCACAAACUGCUCGCACCUGCAUCACAGAGACUAUCAGGAGUAGGUUCUACAUCUUCUGAUUCCUCUGGGAAGAAGAUGAGAGAGGUGGCAUUUCCCAUCUGUACUGUCCAUUUACAGGUUAGGGUUCUAAAGUUUCACUUCUCGGUGAGCUCUGAGAUUGUUCAUCUAGUUAUGAUGUAA